CCUUGUCCAGUCCAGAUGACGGCUUUCACGAGUUAAGGUCAGAUUUAACCGAUUUAAUUACUCAUCUUAAUACUAACAGUACAGAAGGGUUGCAUAAUUGGGAUAAAUUUAAAAUCAAAACUGACAAGAAAGUGAGUCGGCUUAAACAUGACUUUGGACCCACACCACGACCCAAACUAUUUCAUGGCACUGAUUCAAUAAAAAUAAAACAGCAAACAACGUCAUCGUCAAGAUCGUCACACUCGUCAAAAACUACCGUCACCAAUCUCACUCUACAAAAUCAACUAAAUUUGGGACGAAAUCAGACGGACCGGGAGAAAUUCAGUUUUAAUACCCCUGGUAAAGAGAGCAUUACCAAUUGGUAUCAAACACCGGAAGGAAAAUGUUUACGUAUCUUGCAUUCUGCUCAGAAUAAGAAUUCCACUGCUAUACCUGACUUGGAGAAAGUGAUAAAAUAUCUCAAUCCUAAACACAUCCAUUACUUUAGUUUUCGUAGCAGAGAGUACGUGCAUGGCCUUGUUCUAAAGAUAUUUUCUGAGGUGGAAAAAACCCAGAGAAUUGGCAAAGACCACGCCUCCAAAAUAUGCAACCUGCUGGAAUGUGUCUGUCAUAAGGAGAAACAAUGCAAUUUGGCCAACGUAACGCAUUCCACCGCUAUUCUGCACUGCCUCAAAACCAUAUUUUUUAAAAAUCCCGACACUUUUACUCCAAUUCAGGGUGACAUAUUACGGAAAAUUUUUAGCUGCACCCACUCUAAAAAUGAGAAAGGCUUGAAAGACAUAGUUUUGGAAAUAUUUUCUCAGCAGGAGGACGCUCAAUUGCCAAAGGUCGAGUUUAACAAUUUGGUCCACUCCUUGCAAAAUAUUGACAGCCAAGAUUUCUACAACGUUAUAAAUAGUAGCCUGGACUUAAUCGAGUGUGAAUCUAAAAAGUCUAAAUCCGUCCAAACUUUAUUCCAUGGGGAGACUGUAUCUCAGUUAAUAGCAACGUUAAAGAUGGCAAAUGACUCCAGCCAAAGGCAACACCAUUUUUUACUAAAACUGAUCAAUAUCCUAGACAAUGUUUUCUCAUUUUACAGUCUGCAAUUUGAAAAAGAAGCAAACACUAUACCGACACAACCUCGCAUUACCAUAAGUGACGGAGGUAUUUUAACUUUAUGUAAAAUAUUGGCACAAAAACAACAAACCCCUGUGGCGGUGGGUUUAGUAAAAUUAUUUAUUAGAAUAUCUCGAAACGUAGUUCCAAAAUUUUCCUUGACUACCAUAAAGUAUUUAGUGGCAGCAUGCAAUUCUCAGGAUGUGUCUAGCAAUGAGCUACUCCCACUAUUAGUUACGCUCUUACGGGAACAAAGUGCUGGCCGUAAAGUAGCACGUUUUUCUGACCUUGCCCCGCAUUUAAAUUCGUAUCUUGAAGUUGAAGUUCAUGCCGAUUUAUCCUUCAGUGUGAUUGAUAAUAUUUCCAGCAAUGAUAACACCUUAUGCAUAUCGAGCAUUGUGGCUGAAAUGAUGAAUGAAUCUGCACAGGAAAUCACCUUGUCGGAUGCACAUAUCAAACAAAUAUUCAUGGCGUUAAAUAACGAAUAUAGUGGCAAUGACCAGACGAAGAUUAGAUGUGCUGAAAUUCUAUUUGCAUUUACGACAAAAACUGGAAAUAUACCAGUUUUUAACUUUGAGUUUGUCGACGAGAUAACAAAUUUGAUAAGCAAUGCCUACAUUUAUGACGUCGAGAUAUACUUGACUCGGGCUUUGUUGAAUAUAUUGCUAUCAGUCACGACAAGUGGGGAACAAGACAAUUACCAAAAGAUUUUAAAUGAUUCAUUUCUAAAUUGGAUAGUUGAUUUGUAUAAAAUGUCCGAAUUUGAUUUAAACGGGAUUGACUACGGGUUCGAAAUUAACGCUAAAAUUCUACAUAUUUUCACCACAUUGUCAAACCAGGCAGGGUUUGUUUUAUCAAGCAAAGUAGCUCAUUUACUUACCAUCUUGCUCCAGGAUGAAAACAUUACAGACUCUUUCGACCCGUGUGUCACCAUUAUUCACAACUAUGUCACUAAUAAUCCCCACAUGGAACGUUCCAUGCCGGAAAAUUUAAUUCAAACUCUUUCAACUUAUUUUGACAUGGAUCAAACUCGCAGCAAGUUAUACGAUAUAUUUUACACCCUUGGUAAACGUGGGGGAUACAUUCCUCCCAAAAUAAUUACCAGUUUUGCUCACAAUCUAAACCAAACAACUGAUAUGAACGAGCAUGCCGAUUUUGUCGAUCUUUUAUUGUCUUUAGAUUACACUCAGAAUCUAAACACUUAUCAAUUUUAUAGCCUACGAGUCGGUCUGAUUUGUAGUGCAGAAAUAUUUAAUGUACAACACCUCUUAGACUGUGUUCAGAAUGGGGUGCGACUUUCUAACGUAGCGAUGAAAAUGUUGAUUAACUCGCUCCGUACGGGGACUCGGUUAGAUGAAGAAAUUGCAUUAAAAUGUAUCAUUCUCGUCGUACAUAUAGAUAGAGAUAGAGAUAUAAUUUAAGGCAGUAAGUAUCUUGGUUUAACCGACAAAACUAAUAGUUGUUGGAAAUUCAUAAUGUAAAAAAGUAAACUGGAAUAACAUGUUGGGGAAGCUCAACUGAGAGGACGCUCUUCCUCUCGCUCUUGGGAAAGAAUAUUUUUAAAAUUGUAAAAUAUAAUUACAAAGACCACCCCCACUUUUUAAAAAUAGUUCCGUCUACCUAAAAGUCAUAUGUGAACACACUUAAACGUAAUUCAACCAGUUUAAAUCUUGUCGUUCACGUUAAUUUCCACCACAAAUCGACCGGCCGUACUCUCCUUUUGUCAAUUAAACAAACACCUACCUCUGUCCCCUAACUGCCUUUCUGGCACGCCUAUGCCUGGCCAGGUACGCACAUCGCCACCCCUCCCCCAUUUUUCUACUUCUUGGAGGAAUCUGGGUGUGGACUACCCGCGAGUAAGGGUGUGGAGCUGGUAAAUUUUACCUGGCCACCUUUAUACGUAUAUGGGACAGUCAACCCACCCAGCAACGAUACCUGGACCUCCCAAGGAAUUUCCACCCACUUUGGAAUGCGGAUUCAAAAAAGAGGAGUUGUCCCCUCCCUCCCCACCCCGAUCCUGAUAUUUCUCAACAUCGUCCACAACGCCUCGCCCACAACAACCACAACAACCACACUCACACAGAUUCAUACCACGCACGGCUCUGAAGACAACUUCCCCCAUAGGAAGGAAAUCACCUCCCACCACUGUCUUGCCACUUUGUGGGCUCAAUCUCGAGCAUUCGAGAGUAGCUGAGCUUCCCAUCUGCUGACCCUCCACAAUUACCACCCCCCCUCCUCACACACAAUGGAAACGGUGGAGGAAAUUGUCCCACUCGCUCACCCUACAACCAACGUCAUCAUUUUGGAAGGUGGAAUGGAUGAUGAUGACCACAACAUAAUUUACAACCAGCUAGACUUCAGUUAUUGGGGUGAUAAUGAAGCACUUGGACCCGAUUGCCACCUCUGUGGGGAAGAAAUUAUUGACACGACCACCCCCCUUACUCACAACGGAACCAUCUACACAGUGGUAUUUAAGAAGGAUAUUGAUUGCGACGACUGGUUUGUUAGCUUCCUGCAAUGCGUUUAUUGCCAAAAUUUCUUCCAUAAAAAUCGUUGUAGCCUUUCUAUGUCAAAUGAAUCCUAUCUGAAUGUUAUGCAAUCCAGAAGUUGGUCAUGUCCUAAUUGUGUACCCGCGUUUGUAUGUAAAGACAAUAUUUUUAGCACAACUAUUAACUAUGAAAAACUACUACUCAAGUUAGCAAAAAUUCUAAACCCUUUACUGAAUUUGCCUACUAAUUGUAAGAUAUCGCACAACCUAUGUUUAAAUGUUAUAAAAACAUCUAUCAAUAGUUUAUUUGACAAGUAUGGUGUUGGAUAAUAAUUAUAAACUUGUGGUGCCUAUGUAUUGAUCAUUAUACGGAUUGUUAUCCUGACUCUCCUCUGUUUUAUCGUAAUAACUGAUUAACUUUAAGAAAAUUAUACUUUAUUACCACGUUUUACUCUAUUUAAUAAUAUUGAUCUGCGUAUGUUAGUUAAAUUUAAGAAUUAUUUACUGCUUAUUAAUACAGAAUUAGCUUAUUGUGUCAUGAUUUGAAAACCAGUUUGUACUAACUGAUAAUUAUUGACACUCGAAUAAAGGACUA